AUGGAAAAAGUGGGCAGUUUAGCAGAGCAAGUAAAUUCACAGCUGUCACAUUCGAAUACAGCAGCAAAGGUAGUUCAUGAAAUUAGUCCUGUGCUAUUGGAACAGUCGACAAGUGAAGGAUUGAAAAGUGCUUAUCGUGGAUAUAGAAAUGCAAUUGUAACUGGUGUGAAAAUUAGAAUUCCAUAUAUUUUACAAUCAGUUAUUUAUGCUCUGAUAUUUCAAACACCUUCUGAGAUUAAGAAAGUUAGAUUUGUGAUUAAGCAAAUGUUUCAUCACUCGAAGAAUUUGGCCUCAUUUGUUGCCAUUUACAAAUUGAUAACAUAUAUUUGCAGAAAUUAUUUGAAUGUGCGGAAUGGAUUGGAUGCUCUGCUGGCAGGUUUUGUUGGUGGAAGUAUUGCAUUUGGUGAGAGUAAGGGAAUUUCUGGAGCUGUCAAUAACCAGAUAGUUCUAUAUUUAUUUGCGAGAGGAAUAGAUGGUGGAUUAAAAGCACUGGCCACCAAAGGAUAUAUUCCUGAAAUUAUGGAUAUAUCAACACCGAAUGGUUUUCGAUUAUUUGCAGGAUUUUCUCUUGCUUUGGUACUGUAUUUGACCGAUCAUCAACCUAGAGCUCUGAAAUCUGGAUUCAUGUCCACUAUGAAAUAUCUUUAUCAUGAAAGUAAUGAUGGAACAAUGUCAGUUCCAAUCAAUUUUGCUCCUUUUGUGACGUUUAUUACCAUUUGUUUACUACUUGGAUAUUGGUUCCCUCAAUUCAGAUUGGAAAAUGUGUUACAACGAGUGGAUGAUGCAAUGACUUGGGAGAAUAUUAAGGAAUUCAUGAGCUCGUUUUUCUAA